CAGUACUCGUUGAAGUCUCAACCUCUUUACCUUAUACGUGCUCUAGUCACAUUGAUAUAACUUAAACAGACAUUUAAAUAUACAAAUAUGUACGCUUUUGAUGUAAAGUUGGGGUGCGUUUAUUUAUCAUGCUCGAUGUGAAAACGAGUGGGCCGUAUCUUUGCAAAGUACAGGCAAGUACGUGAGUGUAGUUCGCCUCCAACUGUACUGGUCAACAAUAUAAAAACGUCCCAGCGUCUUCCGCUAGAGGGCGUUCGGGUCCUCACUUAAAUGACAUCAUCGUUACGUACAGGAAGUAAAAUCGACUGCGAAUUUUAUUCGGCUGCAUCAGAUAAACACGCGACUUACGCGGUGAAUUGUUAACCUUAGCUACGUGACAACCGCAACGACGAAAGAAACAUCAGUGAAGCUAUUCUUGCCAAGCAGCAGGAGCCAGAGCGCACUCGCAUUAAAGAGGACGAUGUGGCCAAAGAGGUCCACCACUUCAAUGAACAAAUGGAGCAGAAGGUUCUUUGCUCUAUAAAAGAGGAGGAAGAGCCGGAGUGGCCUUGUACUAAAGAGGAGGGAGAGGACUCCUGUGACAUUAAAAAGGAGGAGGAGGAAGAUAUCUGCAAGAUGCCAUUGACUGGUGUUCCUGUGAAGGGUUUAGAUGAGGGUCAACAUGAGGUGAGCAAAGGGGCGGAGCUUCCAAGCUGCAGCUCUAGUCAACAAAUGGCCAGAGAAGGGGAUGGAGACCACUGUGGGGGAUCACAAGCAGCUCCACCACCAUCAGAUAGUGGUGACGUGUCGUCACAUGUUCCUGAUGCUGCUGCUGCUGCUGAGGAGUCUCAAAACAAACACAGGCAAUGUUCUCACUGUGGAAAUUUUUUUGCUCAUAGCAGUAGUUUGAAACAACACAUGAGAAUCCACACUGGCGAGAAACCUUUUUCAUGCUCAGUUUGUGGCCAAAAAUUCUCUCAGAGCGGACAUUUAAAAAGGCACACAAGAAUCCACACCGGCGAGAAACCUUUUUCAUGCUCAGUUUGUGGCCAACGCUUUUCAGUGAAGGACCACUUAAAAUGUCACACAAGAAUCCACACUGGUGAGAAACCUUUUUCAUGCUCAGUUUGUGGCCAAACAUUCUCUGAGAGGGGAACCUUAAAAAUUCAUACAAGAUUCCACACUGGUGAGAAACCUUUUUCAUGCUCAGUUUGUGGCCAAAUAUUCCCUCAUAGGGGAAAUCUGGAGAAGCACACAAGAAUCCACACUGGCGAGAAACCUUUUUCGUGCUCUGUUUGUGGCCAAAAAUUCUCUCAGAGGGGAUCUUUAAAUAAGCACACAAGAAUCCACACUGGUGAGAAACCUUUUUCGUGCUCAGUUUGUGGCCAAAAAUUCUCUCGGAGGGGACAUCUAAGAUGUCAUACAAGAAUCCACACCGGUGAGAAACCUUUUUCAUGCUCAGUUUGUGGCCAAGACUUCUCUGAGAAGGGAACUCUAAGAUGUCAUACAAGAAUCCACACUGGCGAGAAACCUUUUUCAUGCUCAAUUUGUGGCCAAAAAUUCUCCCUGAGUGGAGCUUUAAAAAGCCAUACAAGAACCCACACUGGUGAGAAACCUUUUUCAUGCUCACUUUGUGGCCAAUUAUUCUCUCAGAGGGGACAUCUAAGAUGUCAUACAAGAAUCCACACCGGUGAGAAACCUUUUUCAUGCUCAGUUUGUGGCCAAAACUUCUCUCAGAGGGCACAUUUAAAUAAGCACACAAGAAUCCACACUGGUGAGAAACCUUUUUCAUGCUCAGUUUGUGGCCAGAAAUUCCCCAGGAAGGGAAGCUUAAAAAGUCAUACAAGAACCCACACUGGUGAGAAACCUUUUUCAUGCUUAGUUUGUGGCCAAAAAUUCUCUCAGAGGGCACAUCUAAAAAGUCAUACAAGAAUCCACACUGGUGAGAAACCUUUUUCGUGCUCAGUUUGUGGCCAGAAAUUCUCUGAGAAGGGAAGCUUAAAAAGUCAUACAAGAACCCACACUGGUAAGAAACCUUUUUCAUGCUCAGUUUGUGGCCAGAAAUUCUCUGAGAAGGGAACCUUAAAAAGUCAUACAAGAAUCCACACUGGCGAGAAACCUUUUUCAUGCUCAGUUUGUGGCCAAAAAUUCUCUGCCAAGGAAACUUUAAAAAGUCAUACAAGAAGAAUUCACCCUGGCGAGAACCCUGUUGCCUGCUCAGUCAGUUGCCAAAGAGUCUCUGUUGAGAUUUGGGAGUGUAUUGGGGAGAUGAGCCGUGAUCCGUGAAGUUCUCACCUUCUAUUUGAGCAGAUUUUCUGAGUUUAUGCAUCAAUGAUAAUUCUAUUCUAGUAUGUACCUUUUGAUUGAGAUGCUGAACUCCUUGUCUUUAUUACAGUGAGAAGUUCAUAUUUUAGCUUUAGUCAUGAAUUUUAAAAUAAAGUUAACCGGCCUCGGGAUGAUAAUAAUUUUGUAUUUUCUAUUAUACUUGAUUUCAUUUUGGUUUUAGUUUAUGUAACUGCAAUUAGUUUUAUUCCUAUUCCCGGCAAGUUGCUUAGUUUUUAUUAGUGUCUGUUUAGGACUUUGUUUUGUUCAGCUUUUCAUGUUCAUGUGGAUCAAUAAAAUGAAAAAAAAUA